UUCUCACUUGCGAUUGGCUCCCCCUGGUGUCAGUCAGUCUGCUUCCUGCUUCACGGUGCGGUUUGUUAUUAAAGCUAGCUCCUUUAAAUCUGACGGGAAAUGUUGACGGCCUGAGCUGAUGAAGUUGGCAGGGGAAAGGUUUAAUUCUUCUGUGAGCCAACUGCACUUAAAGAGACGCAAAACAUGUCAGGGGGUCAUGAGUCAAACAGGAAGCGCCGCCCCCCGAAAAUGUUUUUGAUCUCGACCGACCUGAAGGUCCAGGACCAGCUGGACGGUACCAUUCGGCUGCAGCGGGGGUUCCUGUGCCAGGAGCAAGAUAAGAGCAGAGGCGACAGUCUCUGGGUGAAGGUGUUGGACAAUGACAUCAUGUUAAAACUAGAGAGGAAGUUCCUGCAUGAAGUCCCAGCUGAUCUGAGCGGCCUGCUGGAGCCUGUGACCGACCCGGAGGCCCGCCUCAAACUCCUCAGUAAUCCAGGGAAGCUGCAGCAGUUUGCUGCCCUGCCCCUCGAUGCUCCGCUGUGGGUCCAGAUCGGCCAGCAGGACGAGCUGGCGGAGGCGGAGCUUAAAUACAUCGGGCCGCUCACCAGAGGGAGCAGCGCUGUGAUAUUUGGGGUUCAGCUCAAGGGCUCAGCAGCCGGGAGAGGAAUCAGCAACGGAUCCUACAAAGGCAACCGGCUCUUCAGCUGCCCCGAAGGCUGCGCCCUUUUCCUCCCGGUCAGCCACAUCAGGCCCCGCCACUGGUCGCGCAGCAAUGGCUCCGACCCUCACGAGCGAGGCCGCGAGCGAGACCACCACCGAAACGGAAGUAGUCACCCCGACAAUGGGCACCACGGCAACAACAGCCGCCCAAAUCCUCAUCCUCAUCAUCACCAACAGCAGCAGCAGCAGCAGCAGCAGCAGCAGCAGCAGCAGCAGCCCAGUCGUCACAUCAGCUUCCACCAGCAUCGUCCCAGCAGCCCCCCUCAGUCUUUUGGCAUCCUCCCUCGGGCGGCGGAGUCCGGAGUCACGGUUCAACACCACGUCCAGGUCCGAGGCCCGUCCUCGCCACCGCCAUUUCAGGUUGGCCAGCGGGUGUGUUUCCCCCUGGAGGACAGUGUGUGUGGAGGGGAGGUGCGUUACUGCGGCCUCCUGCCCGGCCGGUCCUCAUCUGGGAUGUACGUCGGAGUCCUGCUGGACACUCCUGCCGGUAGCUGGGACGGGUUUUAUAAAGGAGAGAAGCUCUGCCACAUUCCUUCCUCUCUGUAUGGACACCUUCUACCAAUCACCAAGGUCUCCGCAGAGUCUAAAUCCCACCGUCACAACCCUCUUCCCCAAAUUCCCAAAUCCAUCCUGAAGCCCGUUCCCCCACCCGGCACCAGACCCGUCCCUUUGUCCCCGCCUCCCUCUGCUCCCAAGGUCGCCCUGAUGCCCCCCUCCAAACAACCGCUCAAACCUCCUCCACUGCCGCCGCCGAAACCCACCCUCAAACCGCUGCCCCCCGUCCCACCUCCCAAGCCUCACAGCCCCACGUCCCUGAACACCACCGACCAGCCGCAGCACACCAACGGCGUGCACGGGCCUCCCUCGCCGCUGAGGUCGCCAGACAGCGGCGAAGCAGCAGGAGAGGACGGAGAGGAUGGCGAGCUGGAGGUGGGGUCGAUGGUUGAAGUGAACGACCCACCGCUCUUCGGGGUCAUUCGCUGGAUCGGACGGAUCAACGGGAUUUCGGCGCAGGUGGCGGGAAUCGAGCUGGACCAGGAGCUGUCUGCAGGAACAGACGGCAGCUACCUCGGCGAGCGUCACUUCCGUUGUCCGCCCAACAAGGGGCUGUUCGUCAAGCUUCGCAACUGCAGGCGGGACUCGCGGUUCCCCGCCCCCGAGACGCCCGUCAAUCAAGUGGAGCGAUGCAACUCUAUAGCCUUCGCAGAGUGGGGCAGCGAGCGCGUGGACGAGCACACACCGCCCGUGGACGGAGAGGAAGCCAGCGAGCUGUACGAGGGCCGGAAGAGAGGCAUCCAGGGCCACCUCAACUCCUGCUACCUGGACGCCACGCUGUUCAGUCUCUUCUCCUGCUGCAGCUCGGCCGACUGGGUCCUGUUUUGGCCCUCUGACACUGAGAAGGACCAAACCUCCGGUCAGGCUCAGGACCUGCUGCGAUGCGAGAUAGUCAACCCCCUGAGAAGGUACGGCUACGUGUGUGCCAGUAAGACCAUGGCGCUGAGGCGACUGCUGGAGGCUGCGAACAGCAACACGGGCUUCACCAACCAGGAGAAAGAUCCUGAAGAGUUCCUCAACAAGCUUUUCCAGCUCCUCCGUGUCGAGCCACUCCUCAAGAUCAGAUCGAUGAGCCAGCAGCCUCAGGAGUGUCACCUGUACCAGCUCUUCCCGCCGACCCUCCCUCCCUCCCCCUCUUCGCCCCUCUCCCCAGUCGAGUCCCCCAUCCCCCUCCUGGCCUCCCCGUCGCCCAGUCGGAUGAGGGUCGCCAGCGUCCAGGCGCUGCUGGAGUCCUCCUUCCUCCACGCCGGCCUCAAGUUUGUCGAGGCUCCCUCCUGCCUCUUGCUGCUCAUGCCUCGCUUCGGAAAGGACUUCAAAAUGUUUGACGCCAUCUUGCCCUCGCUGAGUCUGGACAUCACAGACCUGCUGGACGACACUUUGAGGCAGUGCAGCAUCUGUCAGGCUGUUGCAGAGUGGGAGUGUCUCCAGUGUUACGAAGACUUGGACAUCACUCCAGGUCGUCUCAAACAGUACUGCCAGACCUGCAACACACAGGUCCACAGUCACAGGAAGCGAGAGUCCCACAUCCCGGUGAAGGUGUCCGUCCCCGGUGGACCGUGGACGGGCCCUCUGCACUGCACCCGCCAGCGGAUGUCUCUCUUCGCGGUGACGUGCAUCGAGACCAGCCACUACGUGAGCUUCGUCAAGCACGGGCCUCUCCCCACAGACUGGCUGUUCUUUGACAGCAUGGCAGACAGAGAAGGUGGCGAGAACGGCUUCAACAUCCCCCAAGUGAAGGUGUGUCCAGAGGUGGGCCGCUACCUCAGCCUGUCGCAGGAGGAGCUGAGCAGAGUUGAUCCCUCGUCCUUACGGGAGAGCGCCCGCCGCCUGCUCUGCGACUCCUACAUGUGCCUGUACCACAGCCCAGAGCUCAGCCUGUACAAGUGAUGCGGACACAACACACACAGAUGUAUUUAAAUAAGAAAAGACAAAAAAAGACAUAUUCUGCCCAAGUAGGGCAGCAAGCCCAGAUGUGUUGCAGGUAUUUGCUAAUGUAUGAGCCCAGUCGUAUCAGGUGAUUACCUGCCUGGAGACUGUGCAGUGCCUUAGAACUUAAUGUAAUCUAAAACUGUGACAAUCGGCUAAAUGUGAGAGAAGCCGAAUGAAUCCCUGUGAACAAACAGCCUGUAGUUAAUUUAUGUUUAAGAGCUCUGAACUUGGUGGUGAACGAGUCGUGUGGGUGCUGUAUUUGUUUUUACACCUGAGUUUACCUGUGCUGAUGUUAUCCAUGCUCACACGUUGCAUAACCACUGUGCCUGUAACUGAAAAAACACAUGUACACUUUACAAUUGAAUUUGCACUGCCUUGUUUACAUGUCAGUAUGUGUGUAUUUAUAUAUGAUAUAAUAUCUUUGCCUUAAACUGACUAUAAUGACGACACACAGACGUGUACUAAUACUGAUUGUAUUGCACGGGUUGUUUAAUAUAUCACUGCUGCAGACUAUGAGGGCUCUGUCCCAGCCAAUAAAUGCUUCGAUAUUCUUCUA